CCAUUUCAUCUCCAAAUUUCCAGACUUACCAGCCUCUAGUUCACAACCCUACACCAGGAACAAGUCAAUUCAACCGGCCCACCACUCAACACCACGUACCUCCUUUGCCAAUCCCUAAAGACAACCAAGCACAUAUCACUUGCGCGACAAACCUCCGAUCCAACAAAGAAGGUCAUCUUGCACCCUCCCUCCGGCCCCUUUCCAUCAUCCGUAACCCUAACUCAAAUCCCUCAACAUCCAGAAAACCCAUUACACAGCAGCCCAUGAAUCCAGCAUGGCCUUCCAAGCAAACCUCACCAACUACCACCAGUGGCCCUACAAUUCCAGAGCAAUCCCAACUCCAGCUCCAAACUUGCCCUCAAACGCCAUUCCCGCUUCAAGCGCAAGCCUGGAUUCAGACAGCACCACCUUCUGGCUCCCAAAAUACCGCACCAUUCUCGCCCUCGACCUAGAAGCCUCAAUCCAUCUCAACAGCAACGACAAGAACAACAACAGCAGCAGCAGCAGCAGCAGCAGCAGCAGUAAUUGGACCCACAUAACCAACCUAAUCCACCUCUCCUCUCCCAUCCUCACCCCCCAACAAACAGCAAUCUACCUCGACAUCCUUCUCCGCGCCAGCACCACCACCCCUCUCAUAAACAUCUUCCAAGCCAUCAAGCAUCUCCUCCGAACAAUCCACACCUCCCCCUCCCCCGAUCUCACCAAAUCCACCAAAAACACCACAACCACCACCACCACCAUGUAUCAGACCCUGCCCCAGUAUCUGCACGUGCUGUACCAGCUGGCCCUCGACGCAAGCCAGCCCGACCUCGCGGAGUCGGUCCUCGAUCAGGUCCUGGUCCUCGUGCGGGACUGGCAGAUGACCGGAUUCCCGGCGGUGGAGGUGCAGUGGAUGGCGUCGGUGGCGUUCAAUCGGGCGGUGGAUUUCUAUCUGGCCGGGGAGGAUGGGGAGUGUCGGCGGUGGGCGGGGAAGGCGAUUGCGUUGGCGGACUUGCUGGUGGUGGUGGUGGUGGAUGGCGUGGGUGGGGAGGAUGGCGGGGGUGGUGCGUUGGGGGAGUUGUUGAGGGCGAGGUAUGGGAAGUUGAUGGUGGGAGGGGUGGAAGGAUCGGGGUCAAUGGACAAGGAGUCGGGUGGGAUGGUCUGA